AUGUGGCCAACACUGACACAACGCCCCAGCACCGCGUCUCCAUUCUGGAGGGCUGCUUCGUCCAACAGCCAACGAGGCAACGAGCAAACCCGCACCUCCACGCCUGAGCGUAAAGUAAUAGGCGCAUCUUAUUCGCACGCAGAUAUUCUGAAUGUCUCCAACCUGUACGAAACCUCCAUUUCCGGCGACCAAAGACCACGAACACCGCCCACUUCUACUGGAUCGAAUCGCGGCACUCCUCCACCUGCGGCAAACAGCACCAGAUCGCCACCGUCACGCCGAACAUACUCCAGCUUCGUUCCUGAAACCGACUACCCCUGGGACGACAAUGACGACCAAUUUGGAGUGGACGAGGAUGAGGACGAGUUUGGACUGCCAAGUAUAGCGAACAUGCGAAGAAAGGGCAAACGAAUAUCGAAUAAGAAAGGCCAAGAUCCUGGGGGUGGUAAUAGACCGGGGCUUGGUAGGACGAGCAGCAAGAGCGGGAAUCUCAAGAAUGGACAAUCAAGCUCGCUCGCCAGCUGGGCACUGAACGACGGAGACGUAGCGUCAGAGCGCACUAUCCCAUCCUAUCCUUCGAUGAAGAAGGUCGUCGAAGGGCAGAAGAUCCUGAGGCCACAAUACAAGGACAUUCUACGCGACCCAGCCAACAGUCUCCAUCUUAUAUCCCAUCCUCCGGUCACGCCUGGCGCCUCCGCCAAGGAGGUAGAGGCGCAUUCAGCACGGAUUACACGCAUAAAUAAAUUCAAGAAGAUCCUCCAGGCAUCGUCAAUAUCACUUCCAGAGCUACGGGCAGCCGCGUGGUCCGGACUACCCAGCGAAGUCCGUGCGAUGACAUGGCAAUUACUGCUGGGAUACUUACCGACAAGCUCUGAACGACGAGUGACGACUUUGGAGCGGAAACGAAAGGAGUAUCUCGAUGGUGUAAGGCAAGCUUUUGACCGCGGGACCAUGGGCGCGGAGAGGCCAGUGGAAGCAGGUCUAUCUGGGUCAGGCUCUUCUCCUAUUCAAAGUCGAGGUCGCGGCCGAGGUUUGGACGUGGCAAUAUGGCAUCAGAUCAGCAUCGACGUGCCGCGGACGAACCCCCAUCUGGAGUUGUACAGCUAUGAAGCUACACAACGAUCCUUAGAACGCAUCCUAUAUGUUUGGGCGAUCAGACAUCCAGCCAGUGGAUACGUACAAGGAAUCAAUGACCUCGUCACGCCUUUCUGGCAGGUCUUUCUUGGACAGUAUAUCACCGACCCUGACGUAGAGUCUGGAAUGGAUCCUGGGCAAUUACCGAAACCGGUCCUGGAUGCGGUGGAAGCGGAUAGCUUUUGGUGUUUGACAAAAUUGCUGGAUGGAAUUCAGGACAACUACAUACACGCGCAGCCGGGUAUUCAGCGGCAAGUGUCUGCUCUGAGAGAUCUAACAGCUCGCAUCGAUGGCGCGCUGGCGAAGCACAUGGAGCAAGAGGGCGUCGAAUUCAUCCAGUUCAGUUUUCGAUGGAUGAACUGUCUUUUGAUGCGGGAAAUCAGCGUCAAAAAUACCGUGAGGAUGUGGGAUACGUACCUGGCCGAAGACCAAGGCUUCUCCGAAUUCCACCUCUACGUCUGCGCAGCCUUCUUGGUGAAAUGGUCGGAUAAGCUCCAACACAUGGACUUCCAGGAAAUCAUGAUGUUCUUGCAAUCGCUCCCGACCAAGGAGUGGACGGAGAAGGAUAUUGAGCUUUUGCUGAGCGAGGCUUUCAUCUGGCAGAGUCUGUUCAAGGGUAGCAAGGCCCAUGUGAGACAGACGAGUGGUGGAAAUAGUGGUGCGUUGAAUCUGUGA